CUAUCGACGGACAGGUGGCAACUCUCCAACAGCUGUGUUUAGUUUUUCUUGGAAUUUAGUGUUUUUGAGCGGGGAUUUUCAAUUGUAAACAGAUGGAUCUGCAAAAUAAUAAAGUCGUCCAAACACUUACUUUCACCAUUAAAAAGCGAGCGGCUGAAGCUUCCUUGCAAACUGCGCCCCAAGAAGUCUCAUUUUUGGAGCUCCACAACUGCUGUCGUUUGUGCCUGGAGGAGCCGCAUCCCCACCAAAUGCUGGACAUGACCAGCAUCUAUGACCAGGAGGCGGAACUGAGCUACUACGACUGCUACGAGAUCUGCACCAAGGAGGAUCUCCGCCAGAAUCCCAGCCAGGAGCCCAGAACCCUGUGCAAACGAUGUGCUGUGGAGCUCCAGUGGGCCUACGAUUUCCACAAGAAGGUGGCCAUUGCCAAUCAGCAGUUGAGGGAGAUCUUCGGGGUCACCGAAAGCGCUGAGGAGGAGGUGCUAGAAGAGGAGUUCCCCCUGGAGGAGAUUCCAGAAAAGCAGGAGGACCAGAAAGUACCCAAUUUAGAGCACAUCCUACCCCGCCAUCGUCAUCUAGGCCAAUUCAGCUGUCAAUUCUGCCACAAGCUGUUCAAGAACCACUCCCGCAUGGCCAAGCACCAGCUGAUCCACCUGGCCAAUCGUCCCCACUUUCAGUGCAGCCAGUGCGACCGGGUCUACCUCACCAAGCAGGCCCUCAAAGUCCAUGUGGAUACGAAGCACCGGCAGUCGGGAGUCCACUGCGACACCUGCGGCAAGGUGUUCGCCAUUGCCAAGGCCCUGGAGAUUCAUAAACGCUAUCAUAACAGGGAUUUUCCCUACGCCUGUGAUCUCUGCGAUCGACGAUUCGCCCAGCGAUCCCAUUUGACCGUCCACCAGCAGGUGAAGCACACGGGAUCCCGCUUCAUUUGCGAGUUUCCCGACUGCCAGAAGUCCUUUACCUCGUCCUCGUCGCUUAGGAAUCACGAGUGCACCCACACGGCCAUGCCUUUUGAGUGCUCCCACUGCCAGCAGAGUUUUCCAGCACGUAAUAAAUUGCGCGUCCACCUGGAACGUAAGCAUAAUAUGGAUGUGGACCUAGAAGAUCUGGAAGAAAUGCGCAAAUUUCACAUAGUUCGCUCUAAACUAGUAAUGGCUAACGUUUAUGCAGGGCAGGAAGAAUCACACAGCAGUCCCAAAAAGAGUAGCGAUUGUACUUCUAAUUAA